CUGAAUAAAUCAAAUAUAGAGAACAAUUUCGUUCAGUCUGUGCCUGAAAAAUUCAAGAUAGCGACUUAAUAGUAAAUGUAUAUUUUGUCCGCGAUUCACAUCAGUAGAUGGACUAAGUUUUUUGAGCAUAUAUAAAUUUUAAUAUAAAUGUUUCUUAAACCAACACAAAGUUGAUCCACCUCAUUCGUGAUCAUUUUCCAUAUAUUCUCUCAAUUCAUGUUUAUGCCCUUCAGAGUUAUUGCUUUCUUGAUCCAUUGACCACAAAAAGAUGAAAAAGAAAGAAUCAGUAGCUAGCAUCAGCUAUCAACUCUGCCAAAAGUUGUUUUUACCUUGCUUUGUACUUUGCCUGUUUACCUCAAUGACGCUGCUCUACAAAAACUGGGAGACAAGGAACCUGACUCUCAAGUAUCACGUGACGUCAACAGUGCCGACUCAAAACCGAAUUGCGUUUGUGACUGUCGUAACUAUUCCGGCUAAACGAACGUCUACUGAAGUUCAAGCAGAUUUCAAGCCAAAGCUGACCUUGGUGGACCGAUCUUCCCCCGAGUCUCAUACGAAGUCAUCCGAAGCUCAAACGGAUUCAAAUCCGAAGCUGGUCUCGACAGACCGAUCUUUGCCCGAGAUUCAAUCAAACUCACCCAAGCUACUAAGAGUUUCAAGCCCGAAGCCCGACACAGAAAAACCGUCCUUUCCCAAGUCACGUCAGGCUGCUUUGUCCACCAAAUUGUCCCCCGAUGUUCAACCGAAGAUCCCAGCCGAGCGCCGCCGAAGUCUCCUAAUCUAUGGCGCCGAUCGCUCGGGAACAACAUUCACAACUAAAAUGUUUGCCGCAGAUCCACAGCUGAUGACGGUUUAUGAACCACUAUGGAUAACAAAGAGAUGGAACAAAGAAGACAGUUCACAGAUCAAAAAUUGGAAGAGAAAUGUCCUUGAUCUUCUUAAAGGAAUUUUGAGUUGCAAAUUCGCCGAGAGUCCAGCGGGUAUAAAAUUUCUUUCGCAAACGACGAAAACGUGGAGUGGAGCGUAUGUGAACAACGCGUUUCAGUCUUCCGCGUUUUGCCCCAACGGAACAUGCAGAGAUCUUGCCAGAAACCCCAACUACGCCGACAAAGUCUGCGUAACAAAGUACAAACACAGUGUUACUAAAAUAGGUGAACCUAGGACACCGGACAAUCUGAUUUCAUCUUUUCUCCCGAUGCUUUUCACAGAGAAUUUAGACACGGAUAUCAGAGUGAUCCAGCUUAUACGCGACCCUAGAGCGAGCAUGAAUUCAAGAAUUAAAUUGGGAUGGAUGGUGGAUUUUCAUCACUGGAGUUUUCUUAACAACGUUGGAAGAGUUUGUUCAAACUUGGCAAAAAACAUCAAAUUUGGGCGCAACUUAGGUCAGUGGCAGGAUAAAUAUCUCGAAGUACACUACAGAGAUCUCGCUGGGAGGCCGCUGGAAACGACACAAGCUAUGUACAAGUUUGCUGGAUUUGAAAUGCCAGAGAGCAUUCGUGACUGGGUUAUUCGCAAUACUUCACCAAGCAAGGAAGAACUGCGGAAACAAGAGAAAAAUAUAUUUUCUUCUGUUCGAAAUUCUACAGCAAAUAUUGACAAAUGGCAGAAAGAAUCGCCAAUAGGUAGAAUUCGGAUAAUUGAAGAACACUGUAAAGUAGCACUAGAUCUUUUAGGACUAACAAAAAUGACAUAAAUAGACAAUUAAAUUUGAUCUGAAAAUUUGAAGAUUUCACGUGUGGAUUACCAUCACUGAAUUUAGAUACACGAAAUGAGGGGUGGGGAUGUUAUUAAGCGGGAAAUUACAUAUAAGAAUAAAAACGACUUCAUAGCAAUGAGCGCAAAUAUAUAUUUUUUCUCAUAUUCGUCACCGGAGAGCAAAAUGUACUUAAUCAAUAAGCGUCUUUGAUAGUUAAAAAUAUACGACAAUUUCUUUAGAGCUGUGCACGUUUGUACGAUACACUCUUUUUUAUAUAUAUAUAAGAAUAUAUUUUUCCAGCCGAGGCUGAAUAUUCUUAUUUUUUCUGCCGAUUCUAGGCUGGAAAUAUUCUUGCGAGUAUUCUUAGGUUAUAGCGUAUGACAUUUCUGUUUUCGAAUGAUUUGUUGUCAAAAUAGUAUUCAAAUAAUUUUGGAGCCAGCCUGCAGGCACUGAAGCCUGAUAUCACACAUAUAGCUUCUUGCAGAAAUGUUAUUAGCAUUGAACAUACAGCCAGUGCUGUUUUUUGUUUUCGCUUUUUGGCUAGUUCUGCCGUUUAGAGAAAGGAAGAAUUUUAUACGCCGCUUUAUUGAAAACAUGUAGUUGUACUGUCAGUUUACAAAUUUUCCACACACAAAAUUGUGUCCUUUUCCAAAUCUCAGCCUCGGGUUUAUUCUUAAAAUAUUCUUAAAAUUUCGUAAAUUUCAGCCUCGAUAUUCUUAUAAAAUAUACUUUUAUGAAAAAAGGAGUGUAUGUUAAAUUCAGUAUCUGUUAUAGUGAAUGAUGCAGUUCCAAUGGUUAAACUAGAUCUAAUGCAUGUUCUCAUAGGCUAGUGCAUAGUCACGUGAUAAAGGGUUGACAAUUAAAGAGAGCGUUUUUUGCGCUUAUUGCGAUUUGCUUAUAGUCGUCCCUUGAGUAGUUUAUAUUGCAUUUUGUGAUAGGCAAACCACAGACAACGCGCUUAAGCCGGCGUCCUCAGCACCUUCGUCCUUAUCAGCUUGCAACAGGUCGGAAACAGGCACCCCUGAACCUGACAACAAACUUAGGCCCCAUCUACACUAAGUCGAGAUCGGAGGAAUUUGAAAAGGGACAUUUCACUUUGAAAACGCAUCAAAGGUUUUCCAUCCACACAA